AAAGACUAACGUGACACGAGUGUGGAGGUAGGCGAAGUGUGACAGUAAUUCGUAAUCUUCAUAGACCCGACCCGAGAAUCCAACGCCUUCUCGGAACCAAGUCCUCGACAUUUCAUCCGCCACACCAUGUCUUGGCUGUUUGGGCUGAACAAGGGACAGUCCGGCCCGCCUCCGGAUCUUCCUAUACCAUCGCCACCCCCUCCGCCGGCCGGGGGUUCGAGUGGAGGUAGCGGGGAUAAACCCAAGGACAAAUGGAGCAACUUCGACCCCACCGGGCUGGAGCGGGCGGCGCAGGCAGCCAAGGAGCUCGACAGGUCCCGCCAUGCGAAGGAAGCACUAGAGUUGGCCCGCAUGCAGGAGCAGACUGUGCAGCUGGAGCAUCAGAGCAAAAUGAAGGAAUACGAAGCUGCCGUAGAGCAGCUAAAGGGAGAACAGAUCCGGAUCCAAGCAGAAGAGAGGAGGAAAACGCUGACGGAGGAGACCAAGCAGAACCAAGCGAGAGCACAGUACCAGGACAAGCUGGCCAGGCAGCGCUAUGAGGACCAGCUGAGGCAGCAGCAAGCUCUCAAUGAGGAGAAUUUGCGCAAACAAGAGGAGUCUGUCCAGAAGCAGGAGGCCAUGAGAAGAGCCACCAUUGAGCACGAGAUGGAACUGCGGCACAAGAAUGAGAUGAUGCGCGUGGAAGCAGAGGCCAAGGCCCGCGGGAAGGUCGAGCGGGAGAACGCCGACAUCAUCCGUGAGCAGAUCCGACUGAAGGCUGCCGAGCACCGGCAGACCGUGCUGGAGACCAUACGGACGGCAGGCGCUGUGUUUGGAGAGGGUUUCCAGGCCUUCAUCUCUGACUGGGACAAAGUCACUGCUACUGUGGCGGGGCUCACGCUGUUGGCUGUGGGCAUAUACUCGGCACGCAAUGCCACGGCUGUGGCCGGCCGCUACAUCGAAGCCCGUCUGGGGAAGCCCUCUCUGGUCCGGGAGACGUCCAGGUUCACUGUGAUUGAGGCAGUCAAACACCCCAUCAAGAUGGCGAAGCGUCUGAGCAGUAAGCCCCAGGAUGCCCUGGAGGGGGUGGUGCUCAGUCCCAAGCUGGAGGAGCGCGUGCGUGACAUCGCCAUCGCGACUCGUAACACGCGGCAAAACCGAGGGCUUUACCGGAACAUCCUCAUGUAUGGGCCACCCGGGACUGGAAAGACUCUCUUUGCCAAGAAGCUGGCCGUGCAUUCUGGGAUGGAUUACGCCAUUAUGACAGGCGGAGAUGUUGCUCCCAUGGCCCGUGAAGGUGUGACCGCAAUGCACAAGGUCUUUGACUGGGCCAACACCAGCCGCCGUGGCCUCCUGCUCUUCGUAGACGAAGCUGACGCAUUCCUGCGUAAGAGAGCCACUGAGAAGAUCAGCGAAGACCUGAGGGCCACUUUAAAUGCGUUCCUCUACCGUACAGGAGAACAGAGCAACAAGUUCAUGCUGGUGCUGGCGAGUAACCAGCCGGAGCAGUUUGACUGGGCCAUCAACGACCGCAUCGACGAGAUUGUGAACUUUGCCCUGCCGGGCCCAGACGAGCGGGAGCGGUUGGUGCGCCUGUACUUUGACCGAUACGUGCUGGAGCCAGCUACCGGGGGCAGGCAGAGGCUGAAGUUGGCCCAGUUUGAUUAUGGGGAGAAGUGCUCAGAGAUCGCCCAGCGUGUGGACGGCAUGUCUGGCCGAGAAAUCUCCAAGCUUGGAGUUGCUUGGCAGGCAGCUGCGUAUUCCUCCGAAGAUGGGGUGCUAACAGAGGCUAUGAUUGAUGCUCGGGUUGAUGACGCGAUUCGCCAGCACCGACAGAAGAUGGACUGGCUGCACAGGGAGGGUCUAGAGAGUGGGGCCAAGGUGGGGGUCACAUUGCCCCCUGAGGAGGCAAUAGGAAGUGGAGGGAAAAAAAUGGGGUUUGUUUUGCCCCGUGAUGGGGCAGCACUGACCCAGGGGGACACACUGCAGCCCCUAGAGGAAGUGCCUCAUGCCCAAGAAAUACUCCAGGCGGCACAGGAGGGUGAACCAUCAACCCCGGAGAAGGAGAAAGCAGCCCUCCUGAUGCAGGCCGGUGAUGUCGGGGCAGAAGCUGAGGUGGAGGAUUCUCUCCAUUCAAGAGAGGGGCAGCUGUCGCAGGACGGUGGAUCUCUUCCUGUGGAGGAGGGUGGGAAUAAUGCUGCCGAGGCACAAGCCACCACUCCUCUGCCCCCGGAAAGGGUAGUAGAGGGCAGGGCUAAAACUGUGGACCCCCAUUCCAAGGGACAGGGACCAGAUGGGGGAAGCACUACAAGAGAAGAGGCUCCACCGAAAGAUGGGACUCCUGUUUAAUGUCAGAGGGAUACAGAGAGGGAGGGAGACACUGGGAAAAUGUGGAUGUGGAACCUACAGGUAGGAGGCUAUGUCAUGGAUUGGGCGUAAAUAUGAUUAAAUAGCACACCUGCUGAUUCUUGUCUCUAUGGUUUUUGACCGUCUGGGGUGGGGAGGCAAGUCUCAGUA